AUGUUGCGACUUGCAGCCGGUGCCCGUCUUUUGAAAUCGAGUGCCACCACUACGGUCAACACUUGUCGCACCAUUCGCCUCAAUGUGAAAACGACAGAGUUGAAUUCCUUGACGUCCCAAAUGCGGUCUUUGCGAUUGUAUAGCACAAGUGGCAAGAAGGAAGGCGGUGAGGAAAUCGUAUCGCAUUCCGGCUAUGUGAGUGGAUUCAGCACACAAGGCAACGUCACUGGCAAAGCAGGAGCAUCAGCAUUCCCUUCGCAACAAUUCAAAACAUACAAGCCAACAACACCUGGCAAACGUUGGUUGAAGCGUGUACCUCGUGACCAUUUGUACAAGGGCAAGGCAGUGCGUCGAUUGACUGUUGCUAAGCGUUCAACGGGUGGUCGUAACAACACCGGUCGUAUCACUAUUCGUCAUCGUGGUGGUGGACACAAGAGACGUAUUCGCUUGAUCGAUUGGUAUCGUAUGGAGUCUGGUCAACAACAAGUUAUGCGCCUCGAGCACGAUCCAGGCCGUAGUGCAUGGAUUGCCUUAUUGCGUCAUGAAGAGACCGGUAAUUUAAGCUACAUUGUGGCUCCUCAUGGUGUCAAGCCUGGAGACAAGGUGACAAGCUAUCGUACAAUCGACGAAUCAUCAUUGGACGUGGAUGAGGAGAAUGAAGGAAUCACACGAACGGUGGCUAUUGAUGUGGGUAAUUGCAUGCCUCUCAAGAUGAUGCCUGUGGGUACAAUCAUCCAUAAUGUGGGUCUCAAGCGUGGUGGUCCUGGUGUCAUGGUGCGUGCUGCUGGUGCCUAUGCACAACUUAUCCACACCGGUGAAUCUGGUUACGCUCAAGUCCGUUUGUCAAGUGGUGAAGUACGCUUAGUACCCGUCGAUGCAUGUGCUACUAUUGGUGCUGUAAGCAAUCCCGAUCAUCAACACGAGUCCCUUGGUAAGGCGGGUCGAUCAAGAUGGAUGGGCAUUCGUCCCACAGUACGUGGUAUGGCUAUGAACGCUGUGGACCAUCCUCACGGUGGUGGUCGUGGUAAAUCUAAAGGUAACAAGGAUCCACGUUCGCCAUGGGGUGUACUCGCUAAAGGUGGCAAGACAAGAAAAACUCCCAAUCAAUUCGUUGUCAAACCUCGUCCUAGACGAUAG